CCGCUCCCUCCCUCCCUCCCUCCCUCCCUCCCUCCAUUUCUAUACUUAGACACUCUCGUUUCAGCAUAUCUGUGUAUGUACAUACCUGAAAAGGUAGGAAAGUGAAUCUCCAUACAUUGGAAUACGGUACAGAGAUUCCAUCUUCUUUGGGAUUCUGUCUUUGUUUGGGGGGGUGCUGAGGUUCGAGAUUCCGGUUUGAUUCUUGUUGGGUCAUCCCAAGAACAGUGUUUCGAAUCCAGCUAUUGAUCGGGAUAUUGGAUCCCUUUGCUGUUUCUCAAACUGGUCAGCGUAGCAGCAGAUAGUAGUUUUUGCGGUUUGAGAGCUUGAAAAUGUAUCUGGUGGAGAGCAAAGGAGGAGCUAUAGCAUGUAUGUUGCUGGCUCUCUUCUUCUUGGGCACUUGGCCGGCUGUUCUCACUCGCCUCGAACGGCGGGGAAGACUCCCUCAACAUACUUACCUUGACUACACGAUCACCAAUCUCUUGGCAGCCGUUAUUAUCGCUUUCACGUUCGGGCAGAUCCAUAAGGGUACGCACGAAGCUCCCAACUUUCUGGAGCAACUCUCUCAGGAUAAUUUCCCAUCAGUUGGAUUUGCAAUGAUAGGAGGGAUAGUUCUUAGCCUUGGGAACCUAGCCACACAAUACGCGUGGGCCUUUGUUGGUUUAUCCGUCACAGAAGUCGUCACAUCCAGCAUUACAGUCGUUAUAGGAACAACUGUGAAUUACUUUCUUGAUGGGAAAAUUAACAAAGCCGAAAUUCUGUUCCCUGGAGUUGGUUGCUUUUUGAUAGCAGUUUGUCUAGGCUCUGCUGUCCAUGCAUCUAAUGCAGCUGAUAAUCGAGCAAAGCUCAACGCCCUUUCCAAAAUGAAUGAAGUUGAGGCUGGGAAUGGGCUUGUGCCUUCACUCAACGGAGCAUACGUGAACGAAGGUGGAUUGAAGGAUGUUGAGAGAGGAAGUCGACCCGAAGAGAAGGCAAAACCAGGAACUGCAGAUUUUCUUGUGCAACUCGAGAACAGGAGAUCAAUCAAGGUGUUUGGGAAGAGCACUGUGAUCGGGCUUGGGAUAACUUUCUUCGCCGGAUUCUGCUUCUCCCUCUUCACGCCUGCGUUUAACUUGGCCACGAAUGAUCAAUGGCACACCCUGAAGAAAGGGGUCCCCCACCUGUCUGUUUACACUGCUUUCUUCUACUUCUCGUUGUCUUGCUUCUUUGUUGCCCUCGUUCUGAACAUCAGCUUCCUCUACCGGCCGGUGCUGAACCUGCCGAAAACAACUUUCAAGGCUUACAUUAACGAUUGGAAUGGGAGAGGGUGGGCCCUCUUGGCGGGUCUUCUCUGCGGGUUUGGGAAUGGGCUCCAGUUCAUGGGGGGGCAGGCUGCGGGAUAUGCAGCAGCAGAUUCUGUUCAGGCACUUCCAUUGGUGAGCACAUUCUGGGGGAUACUACUCUUCGGGGAGUAUCGGAAAUCAUCAAAGAGAACUUACAUAUUGCUCAUCGGGAUGCUUUCGAUGUUUAUUGUGGCAGUUGGUGUUCUAAUGGCAUCAGCAGGACACCGGAAAUGAUCUCAGAGCUGUAUGCUGGAACUGGGAUUCUUCUCUGUGGCAUAAAUAAACACCGGAAAAUCUCGAAAUUGGAGACCAAGACAAAGUGAGAGAAUCAUGUCUGUAUGGAUUGCAUGGCUGAAUUAGAAUUCUCAAUCUGUAAAUAACGGAGAAGGUCCGAGGAAAAAUGAAUGUAAAGAAAGUAGACAGAAGUUUUAUCAACCGGUAGGGUCCCGGGAAUUCGGAUUUCCUUUCUCAUUCAGUUAAACAUUGUGUAAACUUAAGUAGAACAUGGAAGCAAAUUCAGUCAAA